UCCAACAGUCCCUUCAGUCGGUCGGGAUCUCGGAGCCGCCGGAGCAUCACAGGGACGCUUCCCUUCGGAACUUAAAACCGCACGACCAGGGCGCGCCAUUAAGUGGUCGACGGAGACACACUUGACGCGGUCUUCCACCAUGGCGGUGUUACUAUGAGGUGUUGUGUUUGUGAAGACGACUGAGUGAACUAUGGCACAGUUCCCCACCACGUUCACAGGUCCAGACAUGUUCCUGAUCUCGGUGGACGAGCGAGCCAAACAUGACCAGCAGUUUCUCAGCCUCUCCCCCACUGCGGGGGGUUACAUCACAGGUGAUCAGGCCAGGAACUUCUUCAUCCAGUCGGGACUGCCGCCGCCCAUCCUGGCCCAAAUCUGGGCUCUGGCCGACAUGAACAGCGACGGUCGUAUGGACAUCCAGGAGUUCUCCAUCGCCAUGAAACUCAUCAAACUUAAACUCCAGGGUCACCCUCUGCCCCCCACGUUGCCCCUCAGUAUGAAGCAGCCCCCGCUACCUCUACCCCCGCAGAGCGGCUUUGGCAUGCCACCCAUGGCGGCCAUCGCCCCUCCCCUACCUGGCGUGCCCCCGCUUCCGCUGCCUCCGCUGCCCGUCGGGGUGUCUCCGUCUCUCGUCUCGGCAGCACCGCCACCCCUCCCCCAGCCCAUGGCCAACGGAGCCCUUCCCACGGGAAUGAUGCAGCCAAUGUCAGGCUUCUCCCACCCGGCGUCCUCGGUCAGCAAGGCCUCCUUUAACCGUUCCAGCGCCAAGUUGCAGAAGGGGCCAUCAUUUGAUGCUGCAAGCGCUCAGCCUCCACUAGCACAAGUUGACUGGGCCGUCCCUCAGUCGUCAAGGCUCAAGUACCGGCAGCUGUUCAACUCCCACGACAAGAUGAUGAGCGGCCACCUCACUGGUCCCCAGGCGCGCACCAUCCUCAUGCAGUCCAGUCUUCCUCAAGGCCAGCUCGCCUCAAUAUGGAGCCUGUCAGAUAUUGACCAGGAUGGGAAGUUGACUGCAGAGGAGUUUAUCUUGGCCAUGCACCUCAUAGACAUGGCCAUGUCUGGCGUGCCCCUCCCCCCAGUGCUCCCACCAGACUACAUUCCACCUACUUUCAGGCGUGUGCGAAGUGACAGCGUUCAGUCGGACCAGAAGAGCGUCCCGGAGGAGGUGGAGGAAGAGGCGGAGAGCAGCCAGGACAAGAAGCUCCCAGUGACCUUUGAGGAUAAGAAGCGGGAGAAUUUUGAGCGAGGAAACCUGGAGUUGGAGAAGCGACGUCUGGCUCUCCAGGAGCAGCAGAGGAAAGAACAGGAGAGGCUGGCUGCAAUAGAGAGGGAGGAGCAGGAGAGAAAGGAGCGCGAGAGGCUGGAGCAGGAGAGGAGGCGGCAGCAGGAGCUGGAGAAGCAGCUGGAGAAACAGAGGGAGCUGGAGAGACAGAGAGAGGAGGAGAGACGCAAAGAAAUCGAGAGGAGAGAAGCUGCUAAGCGAGAGUUGGAGCGGCAGAGGCAGUUGGAGUGGGAGCGGCAGCGUCGCCAAGAGCUUCUGACUCAGAGAAACCGAGAGCAGGAGAGCAUAGUUCUGCUAAAAGCCCGCAAGAAAACCCUGGAGUUUGAACUGGAGGCCCUGAACGACAAGAAGACCCAGUUGGAGGGCAAGCUGAAGGACGUCCGGUUCCGUCUGUCGGCGCAGCGCAGAGAGGUGGAGCAGACCAACCAGACAAGAGAAACACGCAUCGCUGAGAUCACGCUGUUGCAACAGCAGCUGCACGACUCGCAGCAGUGGCUGGGGAGGCUCAUUCCUGACAAGCAGAGUCUCAACGAGCAGCUCAAACAGGUCCAACAGAACAGUCUGCACCGUGACAGUCUGUCGUCGCUGCACAAGGCUGUGGAGCAGAAAGAGUCCAGCAGACAGCAGAUCAAAGAGCAGCUCGACACGGUGGAGAGAGAAACCCGGGCCAAACUGCUGGAGAUCGAUGCGUUCAACACGCAGCUGAAGGAGCUGAGGGAAAUCCACAGCCGGCAGCAGAGACAGAAACAGAAGGACCUGGAAGGAGACGCACAUGCACUGACGCACACUCACGCGCACGCCCCGAGCGACAGGACGUCCGCCGAGCUUCAGGAGAGCAAUUUGUCCUCGGACGAAGGUCUGACGUGGAGGGAAGAAGCAGCGAGUUCUGCCCUGAAGGCGCCGAGCCCCGCCUCUGCGUCCCACGCCUGGCUCAACAGAGUGACCCAAGAGGAGGAGGAGCGGAAAAGGAGAGGGCUGGAGGAGGAUGAAGAGGGCCGGAAGGCUGCGCUAUCGCUGGAAGAGAAGGACGAGGAGGCCCACAGCAAGAAGGACAUGCAGGAGAAACUCAGCAAGCUGUUCAGCCAGCCUGGCGACCCCUGGGCUUCCACAGGUGAAAAAGCUCCGGCAGCAAGUCUGUUUGAGCAGAAGGCAGCAGUCGGCAGUUUUGAGCAGCAGCAUCCAGUGAAGGUGGUCUACUACCGCGCCCUCUACCCAUUUGACGCUCGCAGCCACGACGAGAUCAGCAUCGCCCCCGGCGACGUCAUCAUGGUUAAGGGGGAAUGGGUGGACGAGUCACAGACGGGUGAGCCCGGUUGGCUGGGAGGAGAGCUCCGAGGGCGGACGGGGUGGUUCCCAGCGAAUUACGCCGAGCGAAUACCAGACAGCGAAGCGCCUAUCAGCCUGCGUGCAUCCGCCUCAGCGACUCCCACCUCCAUCCAGCAGCCCAUCAGCACGCCGCCCCCCGCGCCCGGACCGGCCUCAUCCUCCACGUCGUCCGCUAACAGUAACUGGGCCGACUUCAGCACCACCUGGCCCUCAAAUACCAGCAGCCAGACAGACAGCGAGGGAUGGGACGCAUGGCCAACCUCCUCAGCCGCUCCAAAUCCAUCCCUGAGCGUGCCCUCUGCACAGCAGCGGCAGCGCUCCGCCUUCACGCCGGCCACCAUGACGACAGGCUCCUCCCCCUCCCCCGUGCUCGGACAGGGGGAGAAGGUGGAGGGUCUGCAGGCUCAGGCCUUGUACCCCUGGAGGGCCAAGAAGGACAACCACCUCAACUUCAACAAAAACGAGAUCAUAACGGUGUUGGAGCAGCAGGACAUGUGGUGGUUGGGGGAACUGCAGACUGGACAGAGAGGCUGGUUCCCCAAGAGCUACGUGAAGCUCAUCUCCGCCACCAUGAUGCCGCCGGUCGCUGUGUCAGCGCGCAGUAACAACAGUGAAACCACGUUGCCAGAAAGCCCCCCCAACGGAAAACGCCCAUCCCCCACCCUGGUCAAGCCCACAGAGUCUGGGGAAGAGUAUGUCGCCAUGUACACGUACGAGAGCAGCGAGCAGGGCGACCUGAGUUUUCAGCAGGGGGACGUCGUCAUGGUGACCAGGAAGGAGGGAGACUGGUGGACGGGCAUGGUCGCGGGCAAGACCGGAGUCUUCCCGUCCAACUACGUCAAACCGCGAGACUCGUCGUCAGAGUCUUUAGGACCAGCAGGGAAGACGGGCAGCCUAGGAAAGAAACCAGAGAUUGCCCAGGUCAUCGCCCCCUACUGUGCGACAGGAGCCGAGCAGCUGACAUUAGCGCCAGGCCAGCUCAUCCUCAUCAGGAAGAAGAACCCUGGGGGCUGGUGGGAGGGGGAACUUCAGGCCCGGGGCAAAAAGCGCCAAAUUGGCUGGUUUCCCGCCAAUUACGUCAAGCUGCUCAGUCCCAGCACCAGCAAGACCACGCCCACUGAGCCCACCCCGCCUAAACUGGCCCCUGCCAGCACAGCUGUGUGCCAGGUGAUCGGCAUGUACGACUACGUGGCUCAGAAUGACGACGAGCUGGCCUUCCAGAAGGGUCAGGUGAUCACCGUGCUCAGCAAGGACGACUGCGAUUGGUGGAAAGGAGAGCUCAACGGCCGGGAGGGUCUGUUUCCGAGCAACUACGUCAAGCUCACGACGGACACGGACCCCAGCACGCAGUGGUGCGCCGACCUCCACCUGCUGGACAUGCUGAGUCCCAUGGAGAGGAAGCGGCAGGGAUACAUCCAUGAGCUCAUCGUCACCGAGGAGAACUACGUCAACGACCUGCAGCUCGUCACCGAGAUCUUCCACAAACCUCUGCUGGACUGUGAGCUGCUGAGCGAGAAGGAGGUGGCCAUGAUCUUUGUCAACUGGAAGGAGCUCAUCAUGUGCAACAUCAAGCUGCUCAAAGCUCUCAGGGUGAGGAAGAAGAUGUCAGGUGAUCGCAUGCCGGUGAAGAUGAUUGGCGACAUCCUGACCAAUCAGCUGCCACACAUGCAGCCAUACAUCAGGUUCUGCUCGUGUCAGCUGAACGGAGCCACGCUGAUUCAGCAGAAAACUGACGACAACCCCGAAAUCAAAGACUUCCUCAAGAGGUUAGCCAUGGACCCUCGCUGUAAGGGCAUGCCUCUGUCCAGCUUCCUGCUCAAACCCAUGCAGAGAGUCACGCGAUACCCACUCAUCAUCAAGAACAUCUUGGAGAACACUCCAGAGUCUCAUCCUGACCACAGCCACCUGAAGGCCGCCCUGGAGAAAGCCGAGGAGCUUUGCUCUCAGGUGAACGAGGGCGUGCGGGAGAAGGAGAACUCUGACCGUCUGGAGUGGAUCCAGGCUCAUGUUCAGUGUGAAGGCCUGUCUGAGCAACUGGUCUUCAACUCCGUCACCAACUGUUUGGGUCCCAGGAAGUUCCUCCACAGCGGCAAACUUUUCAAAGCCAAGAGCAGCAAGGAGCUCUACGGCUUCCUCUUCAACGACUUCCUGCUGCUCACACAGGUGACCAAGCCUCUGGGUUCCUCCGGCUCUGAUAAAGUCUUCUCGUCCAAAACGCACCUGCAGUACCGCAUGUACAAGACGCCCAUCUUCCUCAACGAAGUGUUGGUGAAACUCCCCACGGAUCCUUCGGGAGACGAGCCUCUCUUCCACAUCUCUCACAUCGACAGAGUUUACACGCUGAGAGCCGAGAGCAUCAAUGAGCGGACGGCGUGGGUGCAGAAGAUCAAGGCGGCUUCCGAGCUCUUCAUUGAGACGGAGAAGAAGAAGCGGGAGAAAGCUUAUCUCGUGCGCUCCCAGAGGGCGACCGGCAUCGGAAGGCUGAUGGUCAACAUCGUGGAGGGAAUCGAGCUCAAACCGUGUCGCUCGCACGGGAAAAGUAACCCCUACUGUGAGGUCACCAUGGGCUCUCAGUGCCACAUCACCAAAACACUGCAGGACACCUUGAAUCCCAAGUGGAACUCCAACUGCCAGUUUUUCAUCAAGGACCUGGAGCAGGACGUCCUGUGCGUCACCGUCUUCGAGCGGGACCAGUUCUCCCCCGACGACUUCCUGGGCCGGACGGAGAUCCGCCUGGCGGAAAUCAAGAAGGACCAAGGCUCCAAAGGGCCCAUCACCAAGCGCUUGCUGCUCCACGAGGUUCCCACCGGCGAGAUCGUGGUCAGGCUGGACCUCCAGCUGUUCGAGGAGCCGUGACACCCGCGCCGCGGGAAGAAGGCGGACCGUCUGGUUUUAUUUAUUGACCGCCGAGGAACUGGAAGCGCCGGUAAGUGGGAUCAUGCGGCAGCUUGCCAACCUUCAAAAACUGCAAUAUUUCCCUCAAAUGUUCCUCUUUUGGAAAGAACUGAUGCUCGGCCAGACAGCGUUAGCUGCACAUGCUCGUCGCUCCCAUUACGGUUUUUCUCUCCAGUGACAAUCCUGGCCUGAGUGAGUGUGUGUGUGUGUGUGUGUGUGUGUGUGUAUGUGUGUAUGCGUGUGUGUGUGUGUUAAAAGGAGUUGCUCUCUCUCCCCUGCACACAGGUCAUGUCCAGUGUGUAAUGACAAUACUAGAAAGACGAGCGUUCUGAGGGGUGGGCGGGGCCACCGGGGAAAGAAAAAAAGAAAAGAAAAAAAAGUCGUCGCUCACUGUCAGCCAGGGAACAUUUCACUUCUUUCACGCCGAGUCCCGUCUUAUUUUUUUAUGUCGCGGCGAGGGAAGGAGCCGCGUUUUGCGUGUUUAGCUGAUUUUAGACCUCGCUCACUUGACGGAUGAGGCGGUGUGUGUGUGUGUGUGUGUGUGUGUGUGUGUGUGUGUGUGUGUGUGUGUGUGUGCGGACUGAAAACAAUGAAAGUGUCGUAACCCCGCCCUCUCUAGAGACCCCUCCCCCCCUCUCUUCUUCCUCACACUGGACUAAAAGCUGGUUCACACGUUGUGACCUUUGACCUCCUGGCUAGUGUGGAAAUAUGACUACUGAGAGUUAAUAUAUGAUGUACUGUACUGUCUUUUCAUGUCAAUAAACUACACCUGGACCAACA